AUGUCGUCCGACAUCGAGGCGCACAAGGCGGCAACGCAGGAUAUCACGAGAGUCGAUGGCUCGCGGGUCUGGCAACCCGCUGCCCUCGGGUCGAGUCCAAAAGAGGAGAACGUGCCGACGUUGGCAUCGGUGGUUCAUGACGCCCCGCGCGGCACGACGACGCCGGAGCAGCCGCUUGCGAUUGUGGCUGUCGUUCAGCGGCCAAUCACCACCCGGAGCUGCGCCAAGAGCUGGGGAGCGGCAAGACACCAAAAGUACGCCAUCUCGCUUUGGCUUCCGUGA